GAGAGCUCCUGUCUCUCCAACUGCAGACGCAAAGCGCUCCUGAUCGCACUCUAGAUGCCUUUACAGCUGACGCGCCUCUGUCGGCUGUGAGGACCCUUUGCUCCCACUUCCCUUGAGCAUCAGAAAGAGAAACGGCAGGGAGGUUUAAGCCCAUUGCAGAACACGUGCAGAGCCUCUUUACGAGUCCCCACGGCUGUGCGCCUUCCCUUCCUCCCCCCUCUGCCAUGAACGAGCGCAGGCGGUGCUGCAGCGCUGGGAAAAUGAGCGAGAGGCUCAGAGGAGGCAAUCAGUGAAGGCGCGGAGAGCUCUUACGCGUCUGGGAAAGGUCGGAGCGGAGCGUGGAUGAGAUUAUGUCCAAGUGGAGACUGCAAGGACGGACUUUGUUUUGCUCCUCUCCGGGGAUGUCCUCAGAAAAAAAACAAGAGUUUGUUUCUUAGAGGUGACUAAGAACCCUUUCCCUCCGUUUGCAGGAUCAUGCUCGAGCCUCUAUUUGUGACAAUCUCUUGUUGCUCUCACCUGAGAAUUGAAGUUUCCUCGCUUUGGAUGAUUUGUGUAUUUUUUGCCCGCUGCUGAGGCCACCUAAGGCGGUUUUAGAGGCUGCAGCAGCAGGAGGAUCCAGCUCUGUUUACUGGACGGUACGCAUCUGUCCCUGUCGCUGUCCAUGGUGCUGAACUGGGGCUCCAGGAAUGGUGGAGACGCUGAGUAUCGCAGUGAUCGGUGCUCCCGGGGUGGGCAAAACUUCUAUAAUCCGCCAGUUCAUCUAUAACGAUUUCUCGGAGGCAUACACGCCGACCAGGAGCAGAUAUGUAUACAGACCCUCGGCCAUUCUGAACGGGAACAUGUACGAUUUAAAAAUUUUGGACGUCCCGCCAAUCUCCUCCUUCCCAGCAAGUGCCAGUCAGGAAUGGCUGGAUCUGCGCUGCAGAGGCGUCCGCAACGCCAACGCUUACAUCCUGGUGUACGACAUCUGUUGUGUGGAGAGCUUUGAAUACGUCAAAAUGAUCAAACAGCAGAUAGUGGAGAACAGGGAAGGCAGCAGCAGUGAGGUGCCAAUCCUUGUGGUGGGUAACAAGCGGGAUCUGCAGAGGCAGCGCUUCAUGCCCCGCAGGGCAGUGUCAGUCCUGGUGAAGAAGACCUGGAAGUGUGGCUACGUGGAAUGCUCUGCCAAGUUUAACUGGCAUGUGGUCCUGCUCUUCAAGGAGCUGCUGGGCAUUGCUGUGGCACGGGGGAUGCGCCAGAACCAUACCUCCAUCCGUCUGCAGGGGGCGCUACAGAGGAACAGAUGCACUGUCAUGUGACCCCUAGAGCUUCAUCCACCCCUGAUUAUGUCUCUGGUGGAGCAGACACUGGAUAAAAGGACUCUUUAUCGUAAUGGCUGGAAAAAAAAAUACCCCGUGGCCUCCUGCUUAACUGAGCUGAUUUUUCAUAAAGAGGUUUAUUCGACUCUGCGCUGUAAAAGACUCUGAAAUUUCACUCAAGCUCAUCCAACCACUUCCUAGUCUAAUUCUGCCAGUUGUGUAGAGAGGAGGAAGCAAAUAGAAACAACAGCAACUUAAAUCCAAGAAAAUUAUAUUUUCACACAUCAGGUUGAAGUAAAAGCUUUUCAAGAUGGGCCUCCGAAUGUAACAUCUUACAAACAUCAGGUCUGCAACUGGAGCUGAAAGCGUGGAAGUUGAGCUCAUAAGACCCAAAACCGUGAGGGGCAGCAAUAUUAUUAAGUCUUCCUUUAGGUUUUGUCAUAUUCAGGAAGGUGAAAAUGCACAAGUACAGACAUUACGAGGCCAGUGAUCCACAAUAAAAACUAACACAGAUUAAAACAAAAACACAGGAGCAAAUCAGUGGGUAUUACAGGAUUAAUAAUUUCAGUGAUUUAAUCAAAAAGGGAAACAUGUAUAUUAUAAAGAUUCAUUACACAAAGAGUGAUCUAUUUUAAUCUUU